AACCUUGGUUCUACUUGCAUUCCAGCUGCCAUGGCCUCUGCUAUGCCUGACAAAGAAGAGGUGGCCAAGAGCUCCCCAGAAGUGAAGGAGGAGGAGCAGGAGGAUGCAGUAAAGCAGGUGGCUGACCUGACCUUGGUCAGCUCUGCCUGUGGUGUGGUUUCUACAGCUUAUGCCUCCACCAAGGAGAGCCACCCCUGCCUCAGGUCGGUGUGUGACGCGGCGGAGAAGGGAGUGAGGAGCGUGAGCGAAGCCACAGCCAGCUGUGUGCAGCCAGUGCUGGCCUCCCUGGAGCCUCACGUUGCUGCAGCAAGCGAGUAUGCCUCCAAGGGCUUGGAUAAACUAGGGGAGAAGCUGCCAAUCCUUCAAAAGCCAGUGGAACAGAUUAUCUCUGACACAAAAGAGCUGGUGUCAUCCAGAGUGGCUGAUGUGAGGGGUGCUGUGAGCAGCAGGGUGAUGGAGGUGGUGGAUGUAACCAAGGAGACCCUUCAGAGCAGUGUGGAGGCUGCCAGGUCUGCAGUGACCAGCAGUGUGGGCACGGCUGCAGACUCUGGAGUGGGACAGACGGAUGGAUGUGGGGCAGAGGCUGUGCUGGAGAGAACAGAAGGGGACACUCUCCCCAUUGGAAACGAGGAACUAGCCAAGCUGGCCGUGUCCGAGCAGGGCCCGGCCGCGGUGCCCGUGGAGCAGCAGCGGGAGCAGAGGAGGUACUUUGUGAGGUUGGGGUCUCUCUCCGAGGAGCUCCUCCUGUCUGCCCACCUGCACUCCACAGCCAAGGUGAAGCAGGUCUGGCAGGGUAUGAGGGAGGCCCUGGGGCAGCUUCACUGCAUCCUUGAGCUGAUUGAAGUGUUUAAGCAAGGAUUUAGUCAAAAACUCCCGGAGGGGCAGGAGAAACUUCACCAGAUGUGGCUGGACUGCAGUAGGAAGUUUCUCAAAGAGAGUGGAGAUGAAAGCCCUGCAGAGCCAGAGGAGAUGGAGUCUCUGACCCUGCUCAUGGCAUGCAGAAUCACACAGCAGCUGCAAAUGACCUGCUGCAAAAUGAUGUUUGCCAUCCAAGGCCUUCCCUCCAGCCUGCAGGACAAGGUGAAAGAGUCUCUUGGUACCAUCAAGGAGCUUUAUGCUGCUUUCUCGGUGGCAAACUCCUUCCAGGAUUUGUCCAGCAGUGUGCUGACCCAGAGCCAGAGGAAGCUGGCUGUGAUCCAGGAGUACAUGGAGGAGCUGCUGGAUUACCUGAAGAACAACACACCUCUGUCCUGGCUGGUGGGACCCUUUUCCCCCCGGGAGGGGGAGGAGCAGGAGCCCUCCCAGGAGGAUCAAUCCUCACAGGAGAAGGCAGAGACAGCAGGAGCAGGGCAUCUGGAAGCUUCCACCACCCUCAUGGAAAGGACAAAACAAUGAUUGCUGUUGGUAUUAAACCCUCAGCUAAUACACAGUGUAAAGAAUUGUCUUCCUAAAAGCUGCUUGUAUUGGGUUCUAAUUGCUUAAAAUAAAACUGCUGCAUAC